AUGUAUGACAUUUCUGCAUCUCAAGCCUUUCUAAUAAUAGAAACUAACUCUAAAAGUAUUUCAAGAGAAACUUCUAAGAGAAACUCUCAAAAGUCUUCAAACGUAUUAAAAAUGAACAGAAAUACAUUCAAUAUAGGCACUUCAACACCUGAUAGAAGAACAUCUGAAAACUAA